AUGGCAACGCAGAAGAGGCAUGGUGGCAAAGCAAUCUCAUUGUUGAAGAUGCAGUGUGACCAGUUAAAAAGAGAACCAGAGUUGUUGGGCCCGGCAGGUGGAGGGUCCGUUCCGAAGUCGCCGAACGAUAAAGUAGACGCUAAUGAAGCUGCUGACAAGGCAAAAACAGCUGAAUCCCCUGCACAACCUAUGGCAGCAAAAGGGAAACCUGGAGAAGGUGUCAUGGCGGUUCCCUACAAUGACAGUUCAUCAUCAUCAGAGAAGAAGAAGAAAAAGAAAGUUUUCGUUCGAGAAAACAAGAGAGAAAUCAGCAGGGACGAGGGAAAGGAAGGAAAAGAUGGGAAGAUCGGAGCGGCGUCGAAGAAGAAGGAUAGUGGAAACAAGCAAAGUGACAAAAGUAAACAGUCUAGAAUGAAGCCUAAAGAAACGGACAAAGCUAAGGAUGAGAAGGGCGGCAGUCCAGAAGAAAAGAUAAACGAAACUAAAACGAAAGGCUCCAACGACAAGGUAAAUAGCAAGGAAAACGACAAAACGAAGGAUGCUAAAGAAAAGACUACUGAAAAUAAAAACAAGCCUAGUAAAGAAAAAGUGUCCGAGGAUAAACCCAAAGAUAAUAAAGAAAAUGGUCCAGGAGACAAAACAAAAAAUUCCAAGGAUAAGGUCGUCGACGAAAAGGCCAAAACGGAGAAAUCAAAAGAAAAGGGUGCCGAGGAAAAAGCUAAAACGGAUAAGCCGAAAGGACCGGAAGAGAAAAAAUGA